CUCCACCACUGUUUCUCGUCUUGCAAAUUUGAUCCAAAAAGAGGGGCCUUGACGCCUGUGGCCAUCUCAGUACCUGCAACGACAGCAGUCUACAAAAGUCGACACAGCUCUCUCCAAGAGCUUGUUACUGCCGCACAGCCUGGUUUGUGAACCGGAUCGACGUUGUAAUACUGAAUCUGCAACACACUCGUCUCCUCCAAGUCUGGUACAGGGACGACCCCACGCCAUAUUUUAUCCGGCAGCAUGGAUCCAUCACCUGUUCUACACGUCGCAACGCUGGUGGCACGACAGGAGAAUCUGGACGAAGCAACAACCACGGUGCCUCUCAUCGGCCAACCGGGAUACUGUGGGACGGGCAAUGAGUAUGAUGGAAGACUCGGUCUGCGUAUAUCGGCAAUUUUCGUCAUAUUUGUCACCUCGCUUUGGGGCGCAUGGUUUCCGAUAUUCACAAGGAGACGGUCUUCUGGAAAGAUUUUUGACAUUCUAUUUUUUGCAGCAAAGUAUUUCGGAUCCGGAGUAAUCAUCGCUACCGCGUUUAUCCACCUUUUGGCAUCUGCCGUUUCGGCAUUGGGAGACCCGUGCUUGACGGGACCAAUCACAGAGUACAGUUGGGCGGAGGGGAUCGCCCUCAUGACUAUUUUUAUUCUCUUCUUCGCCGAGCUGAUGACGAUGCGGUAUGGCAAUUUUGGAGAUGGUCACGAUCACGGCCAUUCCCAUGGCCAUAGCCACAACCACGAGGAAGCUGCCAUUGGCACUGGUAUUGGCGUCGAAGGCAAGGAUGACGAAGCUAGGGUAAAGAAGGACCCUGAGGCUAGCAGCGCAGAAGAUGCCUCCCGGCGCCAUAUUCAUGCUCGUGGAGAAGAUCAUUUGGGCCACAGCCGCGAGCAUCGCUCAAAUGAAGACAUCGGGUCCGACUGGCAAAGCCAUGGCUUGCUUCCUGAGUCAUAUGCAGCCCAGAUGACUGCUUUGUUUAUCCUAGAGUUCGGCGUCAUAUUCCAUUCCAUCUUCAUUGGACUCACGUUGGCCGUUUCUGGGGCAGAGUUCAUUACGCUUUACAUCGUUCUGGUAUUCCACCAAACAUUCGAAGGUCUUGGUUUGGGUACCCGUCUCGCGGCAGCUCCCUGGCCAGAGUCUAAGAAAUGGACUCCGUACAUCCUUGGUGCAGCGUACGCGCUUUCUACACCAAUUGCGAUAGCUAUUGGUCUGGGUGUGCGAAUGACUUAUCCUCCCGGUGGAAGAACGGCCUUAAUUACGAACGGCGUGUUCGACAGCAUUUCCGCUGGUAUUUUGCUGUAUACGGGUCUCGUCGAAUUGAUGGCACAUGAAUUCAUGUUCAGUCCGUCAAUGCAAAAGGCUAAGAUAUCUACGCUUCUAAGCGCUUUCGUCUUGAUGUCUUUGGGUGCUGGUUUGAUGGCUUUGCUCGGAAAAUGGGCGUAAUUAAGCCACAGUGAAAAAAUUAGUCGAAAAGAUCGCCUGUACUUCUUAGAUGUGCUCAUUGGUCUUUGAUUGAGAUAGAGGCUUGUAUCCUUGAAGAUCGGUACUGGAAAAUUCAACUUUGAUAGCAUAGAUAGGUCAUGAUACCCCCACUAGGAUUAAACUUAAGGGUUUUUUGGUAUUCCGA